UCAGAUAAGAGGCUUCACAAGAGCGCGCACCAUUUCGCCACAGUAUUGAGAACAUAUUUUGAACAAUCAUGAAGGUUCUUCUUGUUUCUGCAGUGGUUGCCCUGAUCCAUGGCAGCUAUGCCACUUUGCUCAUUAAAGGGCCGACCCAGCCGGUCCUGGAGGGAGAGAGCGUCACCCUGGAGUGUCACUACUCUGACUCUGAAGCCAACAUCAGCCAGGUCCACUUUGAGAAAUUUGCUGAGUACAUGCAGAAGUGGCUUCCAGUUCGUGAGCGCUUUUGGUGCUACAAUCCGAAGCCCGUCGUGCAGUCUGACCGUCUCACCCUGACCCUCCCCCACCCAGGGAGGUUCAAUGAAGGGUCCUACCGCUGUGUGUCCAACACCGAAAAUGCGACUGAGCAGGAGCGAUCCUCCGAGCCGCUGACCUUCAAAGUGUAUUACAUGGGAGAGCUGUUACUGACAAGGGCCGGGUUCACCAGCUACCUGGGGGUCUCUACGGAGCUGAAGGUGCGACUCGGGGACGAAGUGGUGUUGAAGUGCUCCGCCGGAUCAUCAGAGGAACCCACCUACUUCUGGAGUAAAGACGGUGACGACUGGAUCCUGCCAUCCUCCACGCUGACGCUGAGCAAGAUGACAGCGGCCGAUGAAGGGCAGUACACCUGCGUAGCCGAGCAUCCCUCUGUGGAGACACUCACCAAGAAACGCACCAUCAGCAUCGCCGUGCUUCCUGAGGAUGCCCGCUGGUAUGAGUCUAGUGAUGGGCAGCUCAUCUUGAUGAUCUCGGCAGCGGCUGCCGCUCUCUUGGUGUUCCUGCUCUCCAUGAGUGUGUUCCUGUGCCGCAGGGCCAAGCAGGCCAAGACCAGCAAGGGACCGAUGUAAGAAACCACUGUGUGUGUGUGUG